AUGACAUGUCACUUCUGUUAUGAACUUGUCAAAACUCAUUAUUCGCACGAUUGGAUAGCUGGCUUUCUUUUUCUUAUCACUCUUGGGAAGCUCCAUUCCAAGAAUUGUAUGAGCUCAUCAAAACUAUGUCAUGAACGUAAUCGGAAGCUUUUGCAAGCAAUGUCGCUAUAUCACUUUCAAAGAGCUUUAAGCAACAUGACAAUCGACUUUAAUGCUGUUAAAACAAGCGAUAGUGUUAUCGUUCUUGUUGUUGAAUAG